AUGACAGAAACAGUGACCAUUCAACCAUCGAUUGAGGUGAUCAAAGAGUGCAUCGCUGCUAACGAUGACUCGAUUAAUAUGUAUCCAGUAUACCAUUUCAUGCCAGCUAUGGACCUUACACCACAUGUGGCAUACCUCAAGUUGAGUCAAUUGAACAAGAAGGAUAGAUCUGCAUCUUUCUUGUUUGAAUCUGCGAUCGGCAAUCAAUUGGGUAGGUUCUCGUUCUUUGGUCAAGGUCCUCGUAAGACUAUCAAGACCGGGCCUACAGAGGGACUCAGCUGCGACCCAUUAGAUAUCUUGCAGCAGGAAUUAUCCCAGUACAAGUUAGCAGAGAAUGUUCCAGGUUUACCCAAGUUGUCUGGUGGUGCUAUUGGAUACGUUUCGUAUGAUUGUGUCCAGUACUUUGAGCCCAAGACCAAGAGGGAAAUGAAGGAUACUCUACAAUUGCCCGAGGCCGCAUUGAUGCUGUAUGAUACAAUUGUUGCCUUCGACCAUGUUUUCCAAAGAUUCCAGAUUAUGUACAACAUCAACAUUAAGGAAGUCGAGUCUCUUGAGAAAGGUUAUGAGGAAGCAACGGAGGCCAUCAACCGCAUUGCUUCGAUAUUGAAAGACGACUCUCAACCGGUACCGCUUCCAGAACAACCACCUAUCAAGAUGGACCAGACCUUCACCUCGAAUAUCGGUGAAGAAGGCUACAUCCAGCACGUGAAGACGUUAAAGGAACACAUUAAGAAAGGUGAUAUCAUCCAAUGUGUUCCUUCACAAAGGGUAGCAAGACCUACGUCCCUACAUCCUUUCAACAUAUACAAGCAUUUGCGUACUGUGAAUCCUUCCCCUUAUAUGUUCUAUAUCGAUUACUUGGACUUCCAAAUUAUUGGUGCCUCGCCUGAAUUACUCUGCCAAGUUGACUCCAAAAAUGAAGUCAUCACACACCCUAUCGCAGGUACUAUUAAAAGGGGUGCUACCCCAGCCGAGGAUGACAAGCUCGCAGAAGAGUUGAGGUCAUCCACCAAAGAUAGGGCAGAGCAUGUCAUGUUAGUUGACUUGGCACGUAAUGACAUAAAUAGAGUGUGUGAUCCAAAAACAACCUCCGUUGACAAGUUACUCACAGUACAGAAGUUCUCACACGUCCAACAUCUUGUGUCGCAAGUGAGUGGUACCCUAAGGCCAGACCAAACUAGAUUCCAUGCGCUAAGAUCCAUUUUCCCCGCCGGUACUGUUUCUGGUGCUCCAAAAGUCAAGGCUAUGGAGUUAAUUGCUGAACUAGAAGGUGAAAAGCGUGGUGUGUAUGCAGGUGCAGUCGGUCACUGGUCCUACGAUGGCAAGUCCAUGGAUACAUGUAUCGCAUUGAGAACAAUGGUCUACAAAAACGGAACUGCUUAUCUACAAGCCGGUGGUGGUAUUGUUUUCGAUUCGGACGAACAUGACGAAUAUAUUGAAACAAUGAAUAAAAUGAAGGCAAAUCACCAAACUAUCUUACAAGCAGAAGAACUCUGGGCCAAAAAGGUUGGUAUUCAAAAAUGA